UUCAACACAAGGUGGUUUGUGGUGGUUGGCAGUUUGAAAAACACUGAAUUUUCUUUUUCCUGUUUUAGAAUGGCAAACACAUCAAACGAAAAUGUGUGUCUGAUUAAAGACCUUAAACCUGGGUUAAAAAACAUUAAUUUGGUUUUCAUCGUCCUGGAAACUGGUCGUGUAUCCAAGACAAAGGAUGGACACGAAGUGCGUUCAUGUAAAGUAGCUGACAGGACCGGAAGUAUUACAAUAUCAGUGUGGGACGAGGUGGGAAGCCUGAUACAAACAGGAGACAUCAUACGACUCAAUCGAGGAUAUGCAUCUCUUUUCAAAGGCUGUCUCACACUGUAUAUUGGAAGAACAGGGGACCUUCAGAAGAUUGGAGAGUUUUGUAUGAUUUUCUCAGAGGUGCCAAAUUUCAGUGAGCCUAACCCAGAGGUGCUGGCUAAAAUGAACCAAAUAAACAACACCCACGUAAAAACAGAAGCUCAUGGCAGCACUCCUAGUAUACCGAAUCAUGGACCUCCUGCUGGACCUACAGCAAAUGGCUGUGCUGUGUUUUCCCCUUCUCCUGUCUCCCGAGAGCCCUCCUUUGGUGCAGGUGGACGUCAUUUGAACCGCAGUCAUUGGAGCAGCAGCGGUGCUUCUCCAGUUCCAGGUGGAGGAUAUGGAUCAAAACCCACUGUCACCAUCACCAAUGGACGGGAUCCUCGCCGAGCUCUAAAGAGAUGAGAAUGUGAAAAUUAUAUUUGCAUAUCAAAGACGAUGCUGUUUUGUAUUUAUUUUUCUGUUUAUUUUUCAACUAAUAUUUUAUUUGUAGUUUGAUUCGGUUAAGGGUUAUUUGAUUUAGAAAUUAAAUUAAUCUUUUUUUCUAGACUGAUGAGAUGGCAUUUUGCAGAACAAAUAUGUGUAUAAAUAA